AUGGCAACUGACCUCAUAAUGCCUACCCUCAUUGAGCAGCGCGGCCCCUUCUUCUCACAGGACCGCCCUCACUUCUCCCAUGUUCGAUCCCACUCCUUCCAGACAGUGCCCCAACCCCAGCCCUUUCGCAACCGCACCUCGCCUCUGAGCACGCCUCACGAUGGGUCUCCCACCUCGCCCAAGUCGUGCCUGAACGAGUCGGUUCGCCCCGUCUACGUCCCCGCCGUCCUCCGCCCCAACAAGCACCACUCCAAGAAGCCCCGCGCCACCAAGGUCGAGGACUCGGACGGGGGAGAUCUCUGCCUGCGCCGCACCAACAGCAGCUUCAUCAGUCUGCCGGGCUUCAGCGUCCUCGGUCAGAAGCUGUCGCGCCGCUCCACCGGCGACAGCGGCAAGAUCGUGGACCUCGAGCUGGAUGCCGACCUCUUCCCCCAGGUCACCGGUGAACCUACCCGCAAGCACUGGAAGCCCGACACCGAGUCAGUCAUAUGCGACGACCCGACCUGCAAGCGCAGGUUCACCCCUCUGAACCGCAGACACCACUGUCGCCGCUGUGGCAACAUCUUUUGCCACACGCACUCCAACGAGGUCAUCCCUCUCGACGAGGACUGCAACUACAACCCCCGGGGCACUCUCGCUCGCGCCUGCUUCCACUGCUUCACCGAAUUUAAGGUAUGGAAGAGCCGUAACGGCAGCCGCAGCGGUAGCGACCAGAGUUCCGACUCCUCCGACACCCCAUCGAGCCCCAUCGUCGCGAGCCCCAUCGUUCCUAUGAUGCCGGGUAUGCUGCCGCCUACCAAGGGUCCCGAGGUGGCUGCCAGCGUCCCCCGCGACUGGAACUGGAGUACCUUCUAG